CACAUCGACAGAUUCCCUUUUUGUGCAAUUUUACCCCGCGUUCUACUUUUACGUCUUCGCCAUAGACUUGACAUACGUACAUUUGUACGCUAUCUCAAGCUUGACGUACAAGCGUACAACAGUACGCCGUACGAAGCGUACCAGCGUACGAGCCGAAUUUCAUGUUGCGUGUCCGUGGCCAUUCCACCACAAAAUAUUUAGGUUUUAGCAUCUUCCCUCAGUAUCGGUGAAGAUUUUACUUUUCGGAACUUAAGAAUUCUCCGAGCCUGUGUUUGAGACAUGGAGUGGUACGACGGUGGAAUUACGGAUGCCAUAUCGGCAGCUCGUGAUGAGGACAAGUUAAUCACUGUUUAUGUUUACGGUGAAAACCCGCAGUCGGAGCAGGUCGCUUCGGCCUUGAACUCGGUGCUACUGUCGAGCAUCAAUCCCCGUGUGAUAUCCCUGAAGCUGAAGCAGCCUUCGCCAGAAUUGACGCAGUUCGCUCAAGUCUUCCCCGUGCUGAUUGUUCCGUCGCUGUAUCUGAUCUGUCCCCACACCGGGGUGGCUCUCGAAGUUCUGGCUGGACCUCAACAGACAGAAACCAUCUUGGAUAAAAUAACCGAAGUGUUAAAUUCACGGCAAGCGAAGCCGGCCGAGGAAGCCUCGAUGGCUGAUCCUACUUCUCCAGUUGUCCAUGCAGAGGAAGGAGCGCCUGCAGAGCAACAGGCAGCAAAAGGAGAAGCUUCAGCGCCCCCUGAGCCGGGGCCCGCGACGCCAGUUGAGGACAAGAUCGACGACGUCUCAGGGGGAGAUUCUAGCAUGAUUUCGCUAGAAGAUAAAGUGCAGAGAGUCACUCGUUUGAUCGAGAUUCGCCGCGAGGAGAAAGCUCAGCAGGAAGCUGAAGAGACCCGACGGAGGGAAAUCGAGCGAAGAGAGGCGCUGAAAAAUAUUCAAAGGAUCAAGCGGGAACGAGAGGAUAAAGAGAUGAAAGAUCUUGCCGUUCAGAAGCAGAAAGAACGGGAUGAAGAGAAGAGGUAUCGGGCGCAGGUCCAAGAACAGAUCAAACAAGAUCGUUUAGAAAGACAGCAACGCCAGCAGCAGAACGACGAUGACCGACGAAAGCGAAUGCAAGAACAACAAGAGGAGGCUGAGCGUCGCAAGGCUCAAAAUUCCGUCUCCGCAAACAUAAUGUUCAGGCUGCCUGACGGCAGUACUGUUACUCGCUUGUUCCCAGCAGACGACGAUUUCGUUCAGGUGAGGAAUUAUAUCGCUGGAGUGAAGAACUUGAGCAACUUCAGCCUGGCUCUGAACUUCCCCCGUCGAGUCUUCGAGGCCGACUGCGAUCAGCAGACGCUCCGAGAGCUCCAACUGGCCCCCAGUGCAGUACUUCUUGUGAUCAUUAAAACGCAGUCAGGAGGGGCGUUCAGCUCGGGUGUCGUGCAAUCGUCGAGCCGAGGCUUGUGGGAAAUGUUGGCGGUUCCCUUCAAGCUCGUCAUGAGCUUUUUCACGUCAUUUCUGGAAGGUAUCUUCCCUCCGGCGCCGAUUGCGGCUCCGGCUGCAGCGUCAACGACCGAAGCGAACCGGGAUGCUCCAGGACCAUCGAGGAAACGCAGUCAGACAUCGGGAGUCCGCCAGCGCACCCCGUAUCAACGUAAUGGUAACAUCACCAGAUUGAAUACUUCAGAUGAGUCCGAUAAUGAGACCAACACCUGGAAUGGGAAUUCCACCCAACAAAUGUGA